AUGAUCCGCCAACUCCUCCUCGCUGCCCUUCCCUUGGUUUUUGCCAACCCCCUGCCUGUCCCCGAGGAGGCUGCCAACGCCGAUGUCGCCGCGGCCGCUGACAUUGCCCUCCCACCCCACUGGCACCAAGGAGGUCGCGGCUCGUCUUCUUCCUCCUCGACCUGCGGAAAACUGAACGGCCCCCGUUACUGCAAAGGAACCGCCUACAACCCCUCCCAAACCAACAAGUACCUCUGCGGCGACUCCCGCCUCGGCCCUACCCGCCUCCCCAGGCGUGAGCCGUUGGACUCCAUCACCGAGUUUUACGACCGGUUCGGCGGCCUGUGCCCUGGUGUCUUUCUUGACACCUGGUUCAACGUCACCGGUACUGGGUGGUGGUGGUACCCCGAGGAGAACGGGUUCGUCCUUGGGGAGAGCGGCCUGCCGAUUGUGGGGGAGGUCACGCUCGGGAGGGGGACGCUGCUCGAUCGGUUUGGCGGGGAGACGGGGACGUUUGUCAGCCCUGCUGGGGCCGGUUAUCAACGUGAGUUUGUUUAUUCUGUGGGGGUUGAUUGA